AUGAGUAAAAGUCAAGAAAUAAUUAGUCGUGGUAUGGUGAUAUUUUCGGUAUCAUUUUACAUUGUAACAGCAUUGAUAAUGGUAUUUGUGAAUAAGUGGGUGUUAAAUAGCGUCUCCUUGCCUUUCACAUUGCUUUGGUUUCAAGUAAUAAUGGCGGUAAUUCUAUUACAUUUCUCCAGUAUAUUCGGUAUUUUACAAUUACCAAUACUUGACAAAGAAAAAUGCAUAGGAUUAUUACCAUUAAUAGCAAUAAAUGUUUUGGGACUUAGCUUUAAUACAAUAUGUCUACAGUAUGUAGAUGCAAGUUUUUAUCAGGUUGCAAGAGCAUUAGUACUUCCAUUUACAGUUUUAUUCUCUUUUAUGUUUUUAAGUCAAAAAACAUCAUAUAAGAUUUUAUUAGCAUGCUUUGUUGUUUGUAUUGGAUUUUUUGUCGGUGUAUCUUCUGAAAGACUCUCAAUUUCAUUGAUUGGUAUCAUUUUUGGUAUUUGUUCAUCAAUUUCAACGGCGUUGCACGCUAUUGUUAUUAAAAAAAGUUUAACCGUGGUAAAAGGUAAUACAAUAGAAUUGGUUUAUUAUAACAAUGUAUUAAGUGCUAUUGCCUUUUUACCAUUAAUAUUUUUGUUCAGAGAACAAAAUCAAUAUUCGGAAUUAUUACAAAAUAGUACUAGGGGUGAAUCAAGAACUUUUUUAAUCGGUAUUUUGAUUACUGGAUUUUUUGGUUUUUUAAUUAAUGUGGCAGGAUUCCUUCAAAUUAAAGUAACUUCACCCGUUACUCAUAUGAUCUCUUCAGCUUUUCGUGGAGUUGUUCAAACUAUUCUUGGGAAUUUUAUUUUUGGUGAUUUAUUAACUACUGGUCGUGUCGGUGGAAUCUUUUUAAUCUUAUUUGAACGUGGUGAUUCAUUUGAUAAUAGAAAGGACGUCAAUAGUGAUGAAAGGGAUGAAAAGGCAUAA